CUCUCUCUCUCUCUCUCUCUCACACACACACACACACACACACACUCACUCUCUCUCUCUAGCAUCCAGCACCACUCUCUCCGUCAGUCGCAACCCUUACAACCAUCGUCUCCGGCCACACAUCCACCGUAAUCCAGCACCUUCUUAUUGGAUCUAACCAGAUCCACACCUCUAACCACCGGCUCUACACAAUGGAGGAGGCUCUAGAAAUGGCGCGCUCGAAGGACACGAAAGAGCGAAUGGCCGGAGUAGAGCGACUUCACGAACUUCUAGAAGCUUCGCGAAAGAGCUUAACGUCUUCAGAAGUCACAUCGCUUGUUGAUUGCUGCUUAGAUCUCUUGAAGGACAACAAUUUUAGGGUUUCGCAAGGAGGUUUGCAGGCUCUGGAUUCUGCUGCGGUUCUUUCUGGUGAACAUUUGAAGCUUCAUUUUAAUGCGCUUGUUCCGGCUACUGUUGAACGCCUUGGUGACGCUAAGCAGCCGGUUCGUGAUGCGGCUCGUCGGCUUUUGCUCACUCUCAUGCAGGUUUCUUCUCCAACCCUCAUCGUUGAAAGAGCUGGAUAUAACGCCUGGACUCACAAAAGCUGGAGAGUUAGAGAGGAGUUUGCAAGAACUGUCACAUCUGCCAUUGGUCUAUUUGCAUCUACUGAGCUGCCCCUGCAACGAGCUAUUCUUCCUUCUAUACUACAGAUGUUAUAUGAUCCUAAUCCAGGUGUGAGAGAAGCCGCUAUCUUAUGCAUCGAGGAGAUGUAUGCUCAAAUUGGGCCUCAGUUCCGAGAAGAACUUCUGCGCCAUCAGCUUCCAUCAUCAAUGGUUAAAGAUAUCAAUGCUAGACUAGAAAGAAUUGAACCAAAACAACGUUCUGCGGAUAUUCGAGUUAGUACUUAUGCUCCUGCUGCUACCCCCAAGCUUUCUAAUCAUAAUCCCAAAAGGAGCAGUCCGAAGGCCAAGACUUCUUCGCGUGAAGCAUCCCUUUUCGCAGGAGAAAGUGAUAUUACUGAAAAGCCCAUGGACCCAAUCAGAGUGUACUCAGAAAAGGAGCUUAUCCGUGAGUUUGAGAAUAUCGCUUCAAUCCUCGUUCCAGAGAAAGACUGGUCCCUUCGCAUUGGAGCCAUGCAAAGAGUCGAAGGCCUUGUCAUCGGAGGUGCAAUUGAUUAUUCAUGUUUCCGUGGACUUCUAAAGCAGCUUAUUAAUCCUCUAAGCACACAAUUGGCUGAUAGAAGAUCUAGCAUAGUUAAGCAGGCUUGCCACUUACUGAACUUUCUAUCGAAAGAGCUGUUGGGAGAUUUUGAGUCGUUUGCAGAAAUGUUCAUUCCUGCUCUUUUCAAACUUGUUGUGAUAACUGUACUUGUAAUUGCAGAGUCUGCUGAUAACUGCAUAAAAACGAUGUUGCGUAACUGUAAAGUAGCCCGGAUACUUCCUCGUGUGGCUGAAAAUGCAAAACAUGACCGAAGUGCGAUACUUCGCGCCAGAUGUUGUGAAUAUGCUUUGUUGAUACUGGAAUAUUGGGCUGAUGCACCUGAGAUACAACGGUCAGCUGACCUUUAUGAAGACCUUAUUAAAUGUUGUGUGGGAGAUGCAAUGAGCGAGGUACGGUCAACUGCUAGAUCAUGCUACCGUAUGUUCUCAAAAACUUGGCCUGAUCGAUCACGCCGCUUAUUUUCAUCGUUCGAUCCCGUCAUUCAAAGGAUAAUAAAUGAUGAGGACGGUGGCAUGCAUCGGCGGCACGCGUCUCCCUCGCUUCGUGAUAGGAAUCUGCAAACUUCAUCUAAUACUCAAAACUCUUUGUCGUCUUCAAGUCUAGCGGGGUACGGAACUUCCGCCAUUGUUGCAAUGGACAGAAACGCAAGCUUACCAUCUGUGGCCUCUCACUCAUCCGGACUCUUUUCAUCACAAUCAAAGUCUACAAGCAAGGGUACAGAACGUAGUCUUGAAAGCGUGUUGCAUGCUAGCAAACAGAAGGUUUCCGCCAUUGAAAGCAUGCUUAGAGGUCUAGAUUCCGGUAGAGUUAGAUCAUCAAGUCUGGAUCUAGGAGUCGACCCUCCUUCAUCUCGUGAUCCGCCAUUCCCGCUUGCUGCUCCUGCUUCCAAUAGUCUUGCCGGUUCUCUAUCACUAGAUUCAACUGCCGCAAACGGUAACAAUCGUAAUGGUGGCUUGGUCUUGUCUGACAUAAUCAGUCAGAUUCAGGCUUCACGGGAUCCCGCUAAGAACGCGUACCGUGCUAAUGCCAGAGGUUCUGAAAAAAUGAAAGAAAGAAGCUCUUUUGAAGGUCACAGUGAAAUGAGAGAGGCUAGACGAUCGGUGAACAUGCAUACGGAUAGGCACUACUUAGACGCACCAUACCGAGAUUCACAUAAUAGUCACGUACCCAAUUUUCAGCGACCGCUAUCGAGAAAGAACGUGCCCGGGAGAUCCGCUUCAGCGAGGCGUAGGAGCUUUGACGAAAGUCAGUUUGCUUCUGGAGAGAUGUCGAGUUAUACAGACGGUCCAGCUUCUCUAACUGAUGCUUUGAGUGACGGUCUUAGUUCUGGUUCGGAUUGGAACGCUAGGGUUUCUGUGUUUAACUAUAUCCGUUCGUUACUCAAGCAAGGCCCGAAAGGAGUUCAAGAAGUUGUACAAAAUUUUGAGAAAGUAAUGAAGUUUUUCUUCCAGCAUCUGGAUGAUCCUCACCAUAAAGUGGCACAAGCAGCUUUGACGACACUUGCUGACAUCAUUCCUGCUUGUCGAAAACCUUUCGAAAGUUACAUGGAAAGAAUUCUCCCCCACGUGUUCUCUCGGUUAAUCGAUCCAAAGGAAUCUGUAAGACAACCGUGUUCGACAACUUUAGAGAUUGUCGGUAAAACUUAUAGUGUAGAUUCGCUUCUAUUACCAGCCUUGCUUCGUUCUUUAGAUGAACAACGAUCCCCGAAGGCGAAACUGGCGGUAAUCGAGUUUGCUAUCGUUUCGUUUAAUAAGCAUGCGAUGAACUCCGAGGGUGCUGGGAACAGUGGCAUUUUAAAGUUAUGGCUAGCGAAACUAGCACCAUUGGUCUAUGACAAAAAUACAAAACUGAAGGAAGCCGCUAUAACGUGCAUCAUAUCUGUCUACUCUCAUUUCGAUUCAGCAUCCGUUUUGAAUUACAUUCUUAGUUUAUCCGUUGAAGAACAGAAUUCUUUAAGGCGGGCACUUAAGCAACGUACACCCCGUAUAGAAGUGGACUUGAUGAAUUACUUGCAGCAGAAGAAAGACCGACAACGCUCCAAAUCCACUUAUGAUCCGUACGAUGUUGUUGGGACUGAUUCUGAAGAAGGGUAUAUAGCAGUGUCGAAAAAGACUCCCAUGUUUGGAAGGUAUUCUGGAAGUUCAAUUGAUAGUGACGGUGGUAAGAAAUGGGGUUCGGGUCCCACCCACGAAUCCAUUCACAUCACCGGUGAUGAUAAUCUUUAUCAGGGUCCGGUCUUAAACAUUGAUACUGGUUCUAAUAAUGGUGGACUUGUUUCAAAUGCUAAAGAUACUGUCGCAUCAUGGUCUGUCCGGUCAGAAAAUUUGGAGGGAAAUAUUAAUGUGGAGGUUAAUUCGACACCUCGGCUCAAUGGAAUUGGGAGCUCUGACAACCAACAGGGUGGUACUGGUUCUACACCUGAUUUGGAACUUAGUGUAUCAAAACUUGCAUCUUUAACGAUCGGUUCAUCUCCUGAUACUAAACCGGGCAUCCCUCAAAUUCUUCAUCUGAUUUCUAAUGGUGGCGAUGAGUGUUCUACUGCAACCAAGCUUACUGCACUUCAGCAGUUAGUUGAUACAUCUGUGGCCAAUGAUUCCUCAAUAUGGACCAAGUAUUUUAAUCAAAUUUUGAUGGUUGUACUUGAGGUUUUGGAUGACCCUGAUCCUUCAAUUCGUGAGCUUGCUCUUUCAUUAAUUGCUGAAAUGUUAAAGAACCAGAGAGAGGCUAUGGAAGAUUCGAUUGAGAUUGUAGUUGAAAAAUUACUGAAUCUUACAAAGGACACGGUCCCGAAGGUAUCAAAUGAAGCAGAACAUUGCUUAACUGUUGUUCUGUCUCAAUAUGACCCAUUCAGAUGUUUGAGUGUUAUUGUCCCAUUGUUGGUUACCGAAGAUGAGAAAACUCUUGUUACGUGUAUAAACUGUUUGACAAAGCUUGUGGGCAGGCUUUCCCAGGAGGAGCUAAUGGGUCAGUUGCAAUCUUUUUUGCCUGCUCUUUUUGAUGCUUUCGGUAACCAGAGUGCGGAUGUACGCAAGACUGUUGUUUUUUGUCUGGUAGACAUGUACAUAAUGCUUGGAAAAGGGUUUUUGCCAUAUUUGGAAGGGCUAAACAGUACGCAGUUGCGGUUAGUAACCAUAUAUGCAAACCGUAUAUCGCAAGCAAGGACGGGAACUCCGAUCCAAGAUUAGUGGCAUUAUGAUAAGGAGAAUGUUUUGGUUCAUUAAUUUGGUUGUAUAUUUGUAUGGUGUGUGUGUGUGUGAUGUGUGAUAAGGGUUAAAUUCUUUUUCUAACACUUACUAGUUUGGGAGGGGGAUUAGUGAAAUUGUAUCUUCUUGUGAGGUCCAUAAAUACAUAUCUUGGUUUUUGUGAGUUGAUGAUACAAACCAAACCAAACCACACACUAGUUGGAUGAA